AUGUCGAAAUCACAAGAGGUGGAGGCUUUUGGAUGGGCUUGCAGAGACCCAUCUGGUGUUCUCUCUCCAUUCAAGUUUUCAAGAAGGACUAUUGGUGAUCAGGAUGUGAGAUUAAAAGUGUUGUAUUCUGGGAUCUGUCGCGGCGACAUUAUGAUGAGCAAGGACUACCGGGGGCGUGAGAUUGUGGGCGUAGUGACCGAAGUGGGCAAGAAGGUACAAAAGUUCAAAGUUGGAGACAAAGGGGGUGUGGGAUGCUUUGUGGGAUCAUGUCGGAAAUGCGAGAGUUGUGCUAACAACCUUGAAAGUCAUUGCCCCGACCAAAUGUCCAUAGGCACUCCCCCUUACAUUGAUGGAAUGAUAAUCCAUGGGGGAUUCUCCGAUCACAUAGUCACUGAUGAGCAUUUUGUGUUUCGUUGGCCUGACAACUUGCCUUUAGAUUCCAACGCUUCUCUCCUCAGUGCCGGAAUCACAAUGUACAGUCCAUUGAAGUAUUUUGGACUUGACAAGCCUGGUAUGCACAUUGGGAUGGUGGGUCUCGGAGGACAUGGCCAUUUAGCUGUGAAAAUUGUAAAGAUUUUUGAAGGUAAAGUGACAGUGAUUAGUACCUCCCUGAAAAGAAUGAGAAAGCUAUUAAAAGUCUUGGUGUUGACUCAUUUUUGGUCAGUAGUGCAGAUUGCAUUGGACACACUAGAUGGUAUCAUUGAUACUGUCCCUGCAGUUCAUCCUCUUCAACCUUUAAUUGACCUAUUAAAAACCCAUGGAAAGCUUGUUAUGAGAGGUGGACCAUUGGAGCCGCUAAAUCUGCCAGUUUGUUCUUUGAUUCUCGGUCGAAAAAUAGUGGCUGGGACCGACUUAGGAGGGUUGAAAGAGACGCAAGAGAUGCUUGAUUUUGCAGCAAAACACAAUAUUACAACAGAUGUGGAGGUUAUUCCUAUAGACUAUGUGAACACGGCAAUGGAGCGUCUUGAGAAAGGCGAUGUUCGAUACCGAUUUGUUCUAGAUGUGGCAAACACAUUGAAGACUACUUAA